CUGUAAAAUAACCAUGCAUUUGACUAGCUGUUUAAUCGUAAAAUGAUCUGACACUUUUUCAACGACAAAAUAAGUGUUAUUUAAUUCUUAAACAUUCUUUGGAGUUUCAACGAUGGAAUUCGGUGAGGUGUACGGAAAGGAGACGUCGUAUGUAGGCAUUGUGUGGCAGUCGAUAGCACGCAUCGGAUGGUACUUGGUUGGAAUUUCCCUAGUUUUAAUUUACACAUUCCCGUACAUACAGGAGAGAUAUCAACGGUGGAGGCUUAAGAAGGAUGAACAAGAAUACAGUGCUAAGUACCAUAAAAAUCCAGAUAUGCUAAUGGAGAGGCUUGCUGGUCUUGAAGCUGCACGACAAAGAAUGCAGGAAAAGUUCAACAGGGAUCUUGAAUUGGCGCGACAAAGAGAAGCAGAGAAACAAGAAAAAAAGAGGCAAGAAUUACUAAACCUUACGAGUAAGCUGAAUGUUGGUAGAUCAUUACGGAGUUCUGAAAACGAGCCUUCGACAUCUUCCGAAUCGAAAUCAGAGCCAUAUAAGAAAGAGUAUAAUCCAUUAACGGGAGACGCAGCUGGUUGGUAUCGUCCUCCGAAACGAAGUUGUUGUCGAAAAGGUGGUUGCGGUUAAUGUAAUUGUGAUUUCAUAAUGCAGUACAACUGCAAUGGAUGGUAAAGGUAACAUCACUUUCUGAAAGACACAGUCGUAUUAUCGGUUAUGUAUUAAUAGGAAGUAUCGAACUUUACUAAUGAAAUAAAUAUGGGUCUUAAAUACU